AUGGAGCAGCCAGGAGCCCCUCUAGUGCUGAAGAACCGGAGAACCACCCUAGAGAGAGUGGAGAAGUUCAUCUCUGCUGUGUACUUCACUGACUGCAACCUGAGGGGGAGGUUGUUUGGAGCGAGGUGUCCUGUGGAUUCCCUCUCCUGCUUUUUAACAAAGGAACGGAUCUCCUAUGAAGAUGCUUUGAAGAAAGACUUUCAACCUGCUCAGGUUGGACAGACCUUUGGACCAACUUGGUGGACUUGUUGGUUCAAAGUGCAGCUGAGCAUGCCUGAGAAGUGGUGCGGACAGGAAGUCCAUCUAAUAUGGGAAAGUGACGGUGAAGGGUUGGUGUGGAAGGAUGACAUGCCAGUCCAGGGUUUAACAAAAGAGGGUGAAAAAAACAGCUACAUUUUGACCAGACAUUUAAAGGAAGGGGAUCCACACAGUAUGACCCUCUACAUUGAGAUGGCUUGCAAUGGUCUGUUUGGAGCUGGUGAGGGAGGGAUGAUUGCACCAGUUGAUCCAAACAAGACGUUUACUCUACAGAAAGCUGAGCUUGCUGUUUACAACCGCAAUGUAGAAGAACUACUUCUGGAUUUUGAAAUUCUCUAUGAUAUGGCCAGGUUGCUUGGUGAAGAUAACCAAAGAAGCUAUCAAGCUCUCUAUGUGGCUAACCAAAUGGUGAACCUAUGUGAUGUAUAUGAUCCUGGUACCUUUGCUGCCGUUGCCAAGUUGGCUUCCACAUUUUUCAGCCAAAAGAAUGGAGACAGUCAGCACAUGAUUCACGCCAUGGGACACUGCCACAUUGACUCUGCAUGGCUGUGGCCAUAUAAAGAAACCAUAAGAAAAUGUGCUCGUAGUUGGGUAACCGCAGUACAGCUGAUGGCAUCCAAUCCAGACUUUACGUUUACAUGCUCUCAGGCCCAGCAGCUGGAAUGGGUGAAAACACACUAUCCUGGGUUAUACUCACAGAUUAAGGAGUAUGUCAAGCGUGGUCAGUUCAUUCCUGUUGGUGGCACGUGGGUGGAGAUGGAUGGAAACCUUCCCAGUGGGGAGUCGAUGGUGCGCCAGUUCCUACUGGGCCAGCACUUCUUCCAAGAGGAGUUUGACAAAAUGUGCUCAGAGUUUUGGUUACCGGACACAUUUGGAUAUUCCGCCCAGCUGCCUCAGCUGAUGAAUGGCUGUGGGAUCCACCGUUUCUUGACCCAAAAGUUGAGCUGGAGUCUGGUCAAUGCUUUUCCUCAUCAUACCUUUCAUUGGUCAGGAAUUGAUGGUUCAAAGGUUCUGGCUCACUUCCCCCCCCAGGGGAUUCCUAUGGAAUGAAGGGCACAGUGGAGGAGAUGCUGAAAACCGUGAAGAACAACCGUGAUAAAGGCCGAGUGAACUCUGGCAUUGCCCUUUAUGGGUUUGGUGAUGGCGGUGGAGGUCCUACUGAAAAGAUGUUGGGAAGAUUUAGAAGGAUGAAGGACACAGAUGGCUUGCCCAGAGUACAACUGUCUUCCCCGGACAAAUUUUUUUCUGCUUUGGAGACAGAUACUUCUCAGCUCUGUACCUGGGUAGGAGAACUGUUCCUGGAGCUGCACAAUGGGACCUAUACAACACAAGCACAGAUCAAGAAAGGGAACCGGCAGUGUGAGCAGUUACUACACAAUGUGGAAUUCCUCAGCUCUGUUGCCCAUGCAGAAGAUGGCCAUUUCAUCUAUCCAACUUCUAAUCUUCAGCACCUUUGGAGGUUGCUAUUAUUGAAUCAGUUCCAUGAUGUCCUACCAGGGAGCUGUAUCCAGGACGUUGUGGAAGAUGCAAUGCACUACUAUAAGGAAAUCCAAGAAGGAGGAGCAAAACUUCUUGUUGAAGCUUUACAGUCUAUAUUACACACCGUGCUCCAGUCCCAACCCAGUCCGGCUGUAUCGGUGAUAAACACUUUGCCUUGGGAGCGCACUGAAGUUAUUUCUAUGCCAGGGACAUCAGAAGAGCAGAAAUUAGGUCUUGUGAAGGUGCCCAGUAUGGGUUAUGUUGUAAUGCCUCAGAACGUUAAUCCUUGUACUCCAGUGACAGUUGUCAUGCAGGAUGACGGCUCUGUAAUCAUGGAGAAUGAAAUACUUUCUGCCAGCCUUGACUCUAUGGGACAUUUGACAUCUCUGAAAUUGUUGUCCUGUAACAGGGAAUCCAUACCCCAAAACUCUUAUGGGAAUCAGUUUGUGAUAUUUGAUGACAUUCCUCUGUACUGGGAUGCUUGGGAUGUGAUGGACUAUCACUUGGAGACCAGGAAACCAAUAUCAAACCUCGUAAAUAAACUCCAGAUCAGCAGCAGUGGAGGACUGAGAGGAGUUGUGACAUUCACUCUGCAAAUCAGUGAAGCUAGCACUAUCGUACAAGAGAUAAUCCUGGAAGCUGCAACCCCAUACAUUCGUUUUUAAGACAAAGGUGUCAUGGAACGAGGCUCAUAAGUUCUUAAAAGUUGAAUUCCCAACAACCGUUCAUAAUACAAAUGCUACUUACGAGAUUCAGUUUGGACACUUGCAGAGACCCACUCAUCGCAAUACUUCUUGGGACUGGGCACGAUAUGAGGUUUGGGCUCACCGCUGGAUGGACCUGUCCGAGUACGGGUUUGGAGUUGCUGUGCUAAAUGACUGCAAAUACGGUUGCUCUGUAUGUGGAAAUGUCCUCAGUCUCUCUUUACUGAGAGCCCCAAAAUCCCCAGAUGCUACUGCUGAUGUUGGACUUCAUGAGUUUUCCUAUGCAAUAAUGCCUCAUCAGGGAUCAUUUCAGGAAGCAGGAGUUAUCCAAAGUGCAUAUAACUUUUGUAUUCCUCUUCUGACAACAACAUCACUAGUUGAACAGACCACCUCCAGGAGUUUUUUCACUGUCUCCUCUCCAGCCGUGGUGCUAGAAACUGUAAAAAUGGCUGAAAAGCGCCCAGAUACUCUAGUAGUAAGGUUGUAUGAGGCCUAUGGCAGCACUGUUGACACCCAGCUCCAGACGUCACUCGCUGUAAAAGAAGCUUUCCUGUGUGAUCUCCUUGAACGGCCAUAUGACUUGGCAAAUGUUCUGUCUGAGGAUCGAUGUGUGAAGCUUUCCUUUACGCCAUUUAAAGUGCUGUCUGUGCUCCUAGUGCUGCAGAAAUAG